AUGAAUGUUACUGGUAAUACUGAUUCACAAGAUGAAAGUCAAGAAAUUGACAGUCAACAAAAUAAUGACAUUGAUUCAUGUUAUACGCAAGGCGAUAAAGAAGAUGAAGAAGAAGAAGAAGAUGAUGAUGAUGAUGAUGAUGAUCGCAAAUCAACUAGCGAAUCAGAAGAUGAUAAUUCUUUGAUAAUAUAUGAAGAUAAUUUUCAAAUAGGAAUCAAUACUGAUUCAAACGAAGAUGAAGGUUUAUCAGCAGGGAAACCAGAUCAUCGCAUUCAAUUAGUCAUAGAAAAAAGCCGACAUUUAAUCAAUAUGAUACAAGACUGUUCAAUUUUAUCAUCUUUCUUAAAUAAAAUAAAAGAACAACACAAUCAAAAUAAUAUAAAUAAGCAGACCAGACGAUCGUUAGUUAUUGAUGUACGCACUCGUUGGAAUUCGACUUACAAGAUUCUUGAAACAUUGAAUAUGCAUCGAAGUUUGAUUAAUGAAUUAUUUCAAAACAAAACAAAUUUGAAUAUAACAAAGCAACAGUUGCAUAGACUUAGUUCUUACGAAUUUAGUAGUGAUUGUUGGCAUACGGUCGAAAUGCUCAUAAAAGUGCUCAAGCCUUUCUACAGGGGAGCGAAAGUUCUUAGUGAAUUUCUAUCUGUUUGUGGUCCAACAGAUGACCCACUAUUAGUUAACAUGAAAAGAUGUUUAUUGAAGAAGAUGGCCUAUUACGAUUUGCAAGAUUCUUUACAAUCAAAAGUCAUCCAAUGCUUGAAUACCAAUAGUAAUUCAUUCACGAAAGAAAAAAAGUCCAAAAAAUCUUUGAUCGAUUAUUUUGUUGAUUCAUUGGAUGGCGAAGACGUUAACGAUCACCCUCACUCAUCUACAACUAUAACAAAAGUAUUGAAUGAAGAAUUUAAAACGUAUAAAAAAUUAGCUGCUCAAUUUGUAUCAACGCCAGUCGAUCAAUAUGAUCCGCUUUUGUUUUGGAAACAGCACUGUUUUGCAUUACCAAAUUUAGCAACAUUAGCUCAAAAGUAUUUAGCUUCUCCUAGCACUAGUAUUAAAUCUGAAUCAGCAUUUAGUAUUUCUGCGUACUACGGACGUAAGCAACGUGCUCGUCUUUCUUCGGAUAAUCUUAGUUAUUCUGUAUUUCUCAAAGAUAAACUAUCUAGUGAAGGUAAAUAA